AUGAGGAGUUACCCACAAUGCAUUGCCUUUCUGGGACAGUUCGGACGCUUCCAGCAGAUUGUUUUCUUCCUGCUAUGCAUCAGCAUCGUGCCCAACGGCUUCGGCGCCUUCACGCUGAUCUUCCUGGCGGACACGCCGAGCCACCACUGCCGGGUUCCGGACGUCAACCUCACCGAGAACUGGCGCGGCGCUAUCAUCCCGGUCCGGGUGGUUGACGGCAAGACGCAGCGCAGCAGUUGCAGCCGGUACCGCAUGGAUGUGGUCCGGAACCUUUCGGAUCUGGGAUACAGUCCGGAUCAGGACGUAAACCUCACCACCCUGGAGGAGGAGACGUGUAAGGACGGCUGGAUCUAUAGCAAGGACAUCUACCAGUCCACCAUCGUCACUGAGUUCGACCUGGUGUGCGACCAAAAGUGGAAGAAGCCGUUCACCACCACCAUCUUUUUUGUGGGAGUCCUGAUCGGAUCCUUCUUCGCCGGACAGCUCUCAGACAAAUGCGGAAGGAAACCCAUCCUCUUCGUCACUUUGGCUCUCCAGACCAUCUUCGCCUUCAUUCAAGUCUUUUCCGUGUCCUGGGUGAUGUUCACCAUCCUCCUGGUCAUCAACGGUUUGGGACAGAUGUCCAACUAUAUGGCCGCUCUGGUCCUAGGAGCAGAGAUCUUAACAGGCAACGUUCGCCUGCUGUAUUCAUCGUUGGGAACUUGCUCCGGAUUCGCCGUAGGCUACAUGCUGCUGCCGGUUUGUGCCUACUUUGUGAGGGACUGGAAAAAUCUCCUGCUGGUGCUGUCCGUGCCCUGUCUGGCCUUCUUCCCUUUCUGGUGGUUCAUCCCGGAGUCUCCUCGGUGGCUUCUCUGCCAGGACCGGGUCGAAGAGGCGGAGGCCAUCAUAAGGAAGGCGGCCAAAAUCAACAAGGUUCAGGCCCCUGGUGUCAUCUUCGAAGGCUAUGUGGCCAAGGCCACGACGGACCCCAAAGAGCCACACAGCAUCUUGGACCUGGUCAGGAACAGCAACAUUGCUUUCAUGACGGUCAUUCUCUGCUACGUGACCUUCACCAUGUCGGCAGGAUACUACGGCAUCUCCUUCAACACCACGCAGCUCCACGACAACACCUACCUCAGCUGCUUCAUCUCCGGCGCCGUGGAGCUGCCGGCGUACGUCUCCAGCUGGCUGGCGCUGCGCUACGUCUCGCGGAGGCUGUCCGUCAUCGGCACCUUGGUGCUCGCCGCCUUAAAGGCCUACUUCAUGCAGCUGGUGCCUGAAGGUUAUUCCAGCCUGUCUUUCCUGUUGGAAAUGGUGGGCAAGUACGCCAUCACCACGGGUUUCGGCCUGAUGUUCGCCUACACCACCGAGCUUUACCCGACGGCGCUGCGGAAUACGGCGACCGGAAUAUGCAACACGGUGGCACAGAUAGGCAGCUGCAUCACGCCUUACCUGCUGGAGCUGAGGUCCUACGCCAAGUUUCUUCCGUACAUCGUCUUGGGAAGUUUGGCGGUUUUGGCCGCCCUCGCCACCAUUCUCCUUCCUGAGAGUUUUGGGCGACCUCUUCCUGACAGCAUGCAGGACAUACGCAAGAGGGAACGCAUCAAGUGCCCCUGCAUGCCGCAAGCUGAGUCUCCUGUGACUGUGGUACUUAUGGACAAUGCCAAAGCAUGAAAUGUAACGUACACACUACUGUAGGGGUGUAACGGUACGCCAUCAAAACGCCUGCGUUAAUUUUUUGCGACAGUCACAACAAGCAUAGCAAGCAAGCAAAAUAGAAAACUGCAUAGCUUUUGUGCAAACUUUUUUUUUUUUAAAGCAAACCA